AGCCACUUGGCUCAAGGGUGUGUGUGUGUGUGUGUGCAGAGAAGGUGCCCCCCCCACCGUGUAGAUACACGUACGUUGAGAAGCUGGCCAGGGCGAUGCCGAAGCAGAUCACAGAGAUCCGCCAGUUCCUGCAGAUUGCGCGCCGCAAGGACGCCAGGUCGGUCAAGAUCAAGAAAAACGGCACGGAGACCAAGUUCAAGAUCCGGUGCGCCAGCUACCUGUGUUCGGGUCUCUCGUGGUCGAGCUCCUGCGGCAGGGCCCGGCCCGGCCCCUGCUCCCCGACGGCUUUACUUCGGGCGGGGGCAGGGGUCGCCUCUCGGCGGCCCUCCUGCGAGCCCUCCUCCAGAUUUCGUAAUACAAGGGAGGGGGUCUCAGCCCUCCCAGACGACGAGAAGUUUUAGACCCCCCCCC